AUGGAUGCAACCAUUGCAACCCUCAAUGCAAGUGGUAAUCUAGCUACCAAGGGGUUUGGGACAAAAAACAGAAGUUCUGGCUUCUGGGGUGAGAACACAAGGGGAAGUCUUAACGUAAGAUUUUUCAGUACUCAACCAGGCAAGAGUUUUAAGGCUAGAAGUUUCAAGCCUGGCAAUGCAUACGCUGUUUACACACCAGAUCUCAACAAAGAUUCUAGGGUACUUCAAAUACCCAUUACUCAGAGUCCAAAAGCAAACCCUGAAAAUGUAGCUGCCAUCAUAUUGGGUGGAGGUGCUGGAACUCGACUCUUUCCUCUUACCAGCAUAAGAGCCAAACCCGCUGUUACCAUUGGAGGGUGUUACAGACUCAUAGAUAUUCCUAUGAGUAAUUGCAUCAACAGUGGCAUCAGGAAAGUUUACGUUUUAACUCAGUUCAACUCUUUCUCUCUUAAUGGCCACCUGUCUCGCACGUAUAAUUUUGAAAAUGGAGUGAACUUUGGAGGAGGUUUUGUGGAGGUCUUGGCUGCUACUCAAACUCCUGGAGAAUCUGGGAGCAAAUGGUUCCAAGGGACAGCUGAUGCAGUGAGGCGAUUUAUUUGGGUUUUUGAGGAUGCCAAGAACAAGAAUAUUGAACAAAUAAUAAUCAUUUCUGGUGACCAUCUUUGCCGAAUGGACUAUAUGAAGCUUGUGGAGAAACAUGUUGGAAACAAUGCUGAUGUCACAGUUUCAUGUGUACCCAUGGAUGAACGCCGUGCAUCAGAGUAUGGGCUGAUGAAAAUUGAUAGAAAGGGUCGGAUUACGCAGUUUUUAGAAAACCCAAAUGAAUCAGAUGUGAACGCAAUGCGUGUUGAUACCAGUAUCUUAGGCUUAAGUGCAGAAGAAGCAGAGAAAUAUCCUUUCAUUUCUCCCAUGGGUGUUUCUGUAUUCAGAACUGAGACCCUGCUGAAACUGCUAAGGUUGACCUGUCCUUCUGGCAAUGACUUGGGAUCUGAAAUUAUACCAUCUUCUUUGAGGGACCACAAAGUCCAAGCAUAUAUGUUCAGGGACUAUUGGAAGGAUAUUGGAACUAUCAAGUCCUUCUAUGAAGCUAAUCUAGAACUAACAGAACAGUCUCCAAAAUUUGAAUUGUAUGACCAGGAGGCGCCUUUUUACACUUCCCCGAGAUUCCUACCACCCACUAAAAUUGUGGACUCAGUUAUUUCUCAUGGUUGCUUCUUGAGUGAGUGUAGAAUUCAACAUUCUGUUGUUGGUGUGCGCUCUCGUUUAGAGGCUGGUUCAGAGCUUCUGGAUACCAUGAUGAUGGGUGCUGACUUAUAUCAAACUGAUUCUGAAAUUGCAACUCUGCUGGCAGAAGGAAAGGUUCCAAUUGGUGUAGGAGAAAAUACCAAAAUCAGGAAUUGCAUAAUUGACAAGAAUGCCAAGAUAGGAAGAAAUGUGAUUAUUGCCAAUGCUGAUGGUGUUCAAGAAGCAGACAGACCUAAAGAGGGAUUCUACAUUAGGUCUGGCAUCGUAGUUAUAGUGAAGAAUGCAACAAUUGAAGAUGGAACAGUGAUCUGA